AUGCGGCCCUGCGUUGGUGGGAUCAGGAAUCCCAGAGUGGUUCAACGAUAAAAGCACUAAUUCCUUUGGAACAAUUCAAUUGCAUUCAGAUUUGGGCUCAGAUAUGAAUAGGGAGGGGUAUGCUCUUUUUAUUGUUUAUGAAUUUCAUGAGCCUCACACUACUCAUCCAAGAAAGAGCAGAAAACGAAAGGUGGAUGAGCGGAAUGGGAAUUCGAAUUCUACAACAAUAUUUGAUGGCAGUAAUAGUAAUUUACCCAACUUUGUUUGUCAUUUUCAAUUCACUGAUUUGGAUGUUACAAAACCGUUUUUCUUUUGUGCCCCUGGAGUCCCUUCUGUUGGGCUAAACGGAUUUUGGGUGUAUAUACCAUUUUGGUGGAUAUUACCGACAAUUUGGAGUAAUAGAUUUGGAUCCAUUAAGGCUUCAAUUACAACAGACAGCCUGAAUGUUGAGGUAAAGGAGUGUGGGGCGCGUUUAGUACUACGUGAUGAGCAUGAUGCUUCGGCGUUGUACCAAGUUCUCAACACCAUUUCUCCGCCACGUGCUUUGGGUUUCAAAAGUUGCGAGAAACUUUUUUCUCGUUUGUUCGAUAGAUAUAGCUCAUAUUUCAAGGUCGCGGGCCCAAUUAAAUCUAAUGUUGUAGCAUCUGGAUCAAUUGAGUCGGUUAAUUGUUAGAGGAUUAAAAUUCGCCUCAUAAGAAACAGGUCAAUGGGCAUUAAGAUAAAACAAAAAAUGUUGACGUUUCCAUCCCAGAGGAUUAGACGCGAACCGACAAAGAAAAGGAGAAGAAUAGCGCACGAAUGACGAGCGAACACAGAGCCACCUCACUCCGCAGCUCUACAACUUCGACACUGUACAAGAGUUUUAGAGAUAUGAGGGGGGUUUGGCGGUGUUCUUGCACUCUUUGGUGAGCCUUUAGAUGCCAUUCCUCUGUUGCUUAAGCCGCUUCCUCAAAGCUUGUUGCCAAAAACCCGUCAUUUUGCUUGGGACUAAGUGAUAUUUUGAAACCUGAUUUGAUAAUGCCAUUCAUCCGCACAGUGCCAUUAGCACACCAUUUAGCAUUAUACUUACAUGAGGUCAAUUUACUCCGGAAGAUAUAUUGGAAUUGCUACAGAGUUCCAACUUUUUGCCAACGAGAGGCAGAAGCAUUACUCUUACAAUUUCAAGGGAAUCCGUGUGUGCAGGGAAGUAAUGUGAAUGGUGGGGUGGAGGCUCCUGUGUCAUGGAAACCACCGGUUUUUGGAAGAUUUAAAGUGAACUGGGAUGUGGCUCUUGAUACUAAAAACAAUUGUAUGGGUUUGGGUGUUAUUGUGAGGGAUCAUAAAGGAUUAAUACAUGCUGCACUGAGCAAAACUUUAAACUGUUUACAUCCCUCAGCAAUAGCGGAAGCAGUUGGAGCAUUACGAGCUGCUGAAUUUUGUUGUGAUUUGGGCUUGCAUAACGUGGUGCUAGAAGGUGAUUCUUUGAUUGUGGUCCAAGAUAUUCUUGCCUUGGCUUCGAAUUGGUGCGCUCAUGGACAAAUUGUGGCAGAUAUUAGGGUGGUUCUAAACUCUAGAAGGAGUUGGAUGGUCAUGCAUACUAAAAGGAAUGUGAAUCAAGCAGCACAUGGACUAGCCAAGCAUGCAGUUAGGAAUCAAAUGGAUCGUAUUUGGAUAGAGGAAAUUCCCAGCUGUAUUUCAAAUAUUGUUGUUUUAGAGCAUUCUGCUCUUUCUAUUUAGAGUGUUUAGCUCUAGAUGUUUAUUGGUAUUAUAAUGAGA